ACCCGUCCGUCCACAGAGCUUGCCCGGUACUUUGCAGGUUUUAGAUUGUCUGUGGUGUAUCGCUGUCUUAGAUUCUGUGUAUGAAAUGCCUGCGGAGAGUUUACGAUGGGAGACGUUAGAUGCUUUGAAAAAUUCGCCAAAGGGAAAGUUAAAAUACAACCCGGACUGGCUUGAGAAAGGAGAGGACAUCCUGAGCGGCUGCAGCGAGACCCCCAGCCUGUCUCCUCUGUCGGGGCUGAUCCUGAAGAGGCUGAGCGGUCGGCCACUGCAGAAGACUCGCUCCCUGAGCUCGCCCACGCGGGACACCAGCCCAGGUCUGUCAGAGGAGGGGGCUGCGCUCUCCAGCUCUCUCCCCACCAGCCCCCACCAGGCGCUGCUGAGUCCAGCCUCCCCACGCGCCACCUCCCCGCUCACCCUCUCCUCCCCACCGCUCCCAGCAGGCUCACAACAGGCAGAUGACAAACCGGAAGAGGAGGAUGAGCCGGCUGAAGAGGCGGACCUCAGUCCAGUGGCGAACCCUACGCCACCCCCCGCCAUCUCCCUCAUGUCCCCCAAGGCCACCCAGGUGGCGGGUUUCAUCCGAAUAUGUGAGGAGAAGCACCGCGCCAAGGCCAAGGCGGAGCUGAACCGCCGCGUGGAGCUGCAGGAACGUCUUGUUGCCACGGUAGCAGGGCUGGAGUCAGAGCAGCUGAAGCGCUUUGAGGAGCUGGCCGAGCUCAAGCAGCGGCAGGAGUUCCAGAGCAUGAGGGACAUGCUGGACAAAGAGGCACAAGAAAGCCUUGGUCGCCAAGAGAAACUCAAAGAAGAACAUCAAAAAAGAAUCAAGAUCCUCAACCUGCGUCUGCGCGAGGCCGAGCAGCAGCGCAUGCGCGAGGCCGAAGCGGAGCGGCAGCGCCAGGCGGAUGGCCGCGAGCGUCUGCGGGCGCUCAACGCCGUGCAGGAGGAGGUGCUGCAGCUCCACCAGCUGCUGGAGCCGGCCAACGCCCUGGACCAUGCCGCCAUCAUCACCCGCGGCAACCAGCUAUGCUCGCAGGUGUCCGAGGUGGUGCGCACCACCGCAGAGGGAGAGUUCCCGAGCGUGGAGGACAUGGCGUUGGUGGAGCGGGCGCUGGAAGAGAUGCGCAGCCUGGUGCGGGAGCUGCAGCAGCAGGUAGCCCAGGAGCAGGAGAGGGUUCGCAGGGAGCAGCAGCAAGAGGAGGAGCGCCUGAAGCAGGCCGAGGAGCAGGCCCGACAAGAACAGGAGAAGAAGAACGCAGCCGCCGCCGCCAGGGAGAAGGCCAAGAAACAAGGUUUGCAGGCCAGUGCAGAAGAAAGCACCCUGAGGUGGUUUAAGGAGCUACAGGAGGCUGCCAAUCAGUGUGCACAGUCCUUCGAAGACCUCAACACCACAAAGGAUAUGCAGAAGAAGAAGGUGCGAAUGGAGCUACAGAAGGCUGCCACCAUCCCUGUCAGCCAAAUCUCAAGUGUGUCAGGCUCCAAGUUAAAGGAGGUGUUUGAGAAGAUCGACAAGCUGUUGUCGGGGCGACCAGUGGUGUCCGGGGGCAAGUCAGUGUCCACCUCCCUCCAUCCCCACGGCCUGGAGUUUGUCAGCUACAAGCUGGCGGAGAAGUUUGUGAAACAAGGUGAGGAGGAGGUGGCUUCGCACCACGAGGCGGCCUUCCCCAUCGCCGUGGUGGCGUCGGGCGUGUGGGAGCUGCACCCCCGCGUGGGGGACCUCAUCCUGGCCCACCUGCACAAGAAGUGCCCCUACGCCGUGCCCUACUACCCUCCCAUGAAGGACGGCACCUCCAUCGAGGACUACCAGAGGAUCUUGGGAUACCGCGUGGAGGACUCUGGAGUGGAGGCUCAGGACAGCUUCCUAAAGAGGAUGUCCGGAAUGAUCCGUCUCUAUGCUGCCAUUAUACAGCUACGAUGGCCUUACACCAACAAGUCAGGGCCUUCCCCACAUGGGCUGAAUCACGGCUGGCGCUGGUUGGCCCAGAUGCUGAACAUGGAGCCCUUGGCUGACAUCACCGCAACUCUGCUUUUUGACUUCCUCGAGGUGUGUGGCCACGCCCUUCUGAAGCAGUACCAGGGCCAGUUCUGGAAACUCAUUUUCCUCAUCAAAGACGACUACUUUCCCAGGAUUGAAGCUGUGACCAGCACAGGACAGAUGGGCUCAGUGAUGCGACUCAAGCAGUUCUUGGAGAAUGCGCUGCGAACAAAACAGAUCCAUCCACCCAAAGGCCAGCUGGUCUCAAGCUUCUGGAGAACGUGAUUGGUGGCCUCACCUGAAUCCCGCCCUGCGACGACCGCGAUUGGUCAUUGGGAAAUAUCUGUCUCCAGACUCGCUCUCCUCCUCAUCGCACCUGACCGACUGCCUGCCGCAGGCGAAGGAAACCUCACUUGCUAUAUUUGCAUGCUACUCAUGCUCUUACAUCUGCAUGCUACACGGCCUCCAAGCGGACAUGCCCAACAGCUCGCUCUAAUCAGUAGUAACACGCUGUGCCUGUGCUCAUUCUCCCUUCAGAGGGGUUCAGCCUUAAGCCACUUUAGGGAGUUCCGCUGCCUUAUAAAGGGGGGAAACUGUAUAGACCAUGCAUGGAUAGUUUUUAUCGGCACAUUACAUUGAAUGUGUGAUGCCCAUUAUGAUGGGAAGGCUGUGCUUACAGGAGCUAGUUGGUUAAAGCAAAGGCUUGAGCUUGUAAUUUCUUUGGCCUCUCGGAUGUAAAGUCUCCAGUGUCCUCAUUUUAGGGGGGCACUGAUGCUAUUGUUCUUUUUAUUAUGGUGCUAUUGUCUUUUUAUUUAUUUGACCCCUUGAUGGACGAGGGUGUUUUUGUUAUAUCAUGACGACUGCUGAAGCCAUACAUUUAAGUGCAUUCUAAUGUAACUUUAAUCGGAAGAUGCACCCGUGCAUAAAUGAAAUUGGUACUGUGUAUUGUGCUUUUAUAAAGCAUUCUUUACCGGUAUUAAAGAGUGCACAUCUCCACUUCCA